AUGAGUCACUUAAAGUUCAAAAGCAUCGAGGUUGAGGAGACAGGAAAACGACUUGUUGAUCCUCUCACUUUUAAGAUUCAACUGGCAUGCGCUGAGGAGAUAAAAAGUGGAGUGGAGUUUACUGUCUUAUACAACAUGGAUGUGCACUCAGACAAGAACGACCAAGUGCUUUCUGAGAUUGAAGUUGCGCCUAUUCCGAAGGGAAAGGUGGAGUUUACGAUUGAGGCAGAUGCACCCAACGUGGAUCUUAUUCCACUCAACAAACUGUUUGGCUUGACAAGUAUUCUUAUAGUCGGGAAGUAUAAGGGACAACAAUUUGUAAGGAUCGGAUAUAUAGUUGAUGUGAGCUAUCCGGGCAUUCCCAGCAGCUUACUGGAGAAUAACGAGCAAGGAGAUGAUUCUGAAGAAAUUACGGAGGAGGAGGAUGUUGAUGAAGAAGACAUUGAUGAGGAUGAAGAUGAUAUAGAAGACGAAGGAGAUGAAGAUGAAGACGGAUCAGAGGAUUUGGAAGACAGUGAAGGCGACAAAAAGACAGAGGAAACAAAGACAUUGAUUGAAGAAGCAGAGCAACGAGCUAUUGAUGGAAAUAAAAGAUUAUACGGAUCUGAAGGUGAAGCAGAGGAGAUGGAAGAAGCAGUUGGAUCGGAUUCUUAUUCUGAAAUAAACAGAGAACUGAAUAUGAGCGUUGGAGAGCAUUCUAAAAAAUCUAAUGGUGAGUGUAGCGAUGUGUUUGAGUAUUGUGGAUACUCAAUUGAUAAAAAGCUGAUUGAAAUGAAAUUAAUGAUUCCACCGGUGAUAAGCUCGUUUGAAAUAAACUGGGAGGAUGAUGCUGGUGUUGAUGAUUAUCAGGACGAUGAAUCUGACAAGGAGCAUAUCUCUAAGAAACACAAAGUUGAAUAA